GAAAUCGACUGGUGUAUAGUCUGUCGAGAACGAAACUGAAAUAACGAAAUUGUAUUAUUAAUGUGAAAAAAAAGAAAUUAAUAAUUCUAAAAUUAAUAAAAAUCUAAAAAUUUCUUUAAUAUUAAAAAACGAGUUAGUUUUUAACGUUUUAAGGAAUUGAAUUACAAGUAUAAAUGUUGAAUCCAUUAAAAAAGCGCUUUCCCUCGCUGCAGAGUUUGGGUGGCGAUGGUAAUACAUCGUUUCUGCGAGCGGCCAGAGCUGGAAAUCUAGAUAAAGUGUUGGAACACUUGAAAAAUAACAUUGACAUAAAUACCAGCAAUGCUAAUGGAUUAAAUGCACUGCAUUUGGCUUCCAAAGAUGGACACAUUCAUGUUGUGUCAGAGCUAUUAAGACGAGGUGCAAUUGUUGAUAGCGCUACCAAAAAGGGUAACACAGCACUGCAUAUUGCCUCGUUGGCUGGUCAGGAGGAGGUUGUUAAAAUGCUUUUGCAACAUGGAGCUUCCGUAAAUGUACAAUCGCAGAAUGGUUUCACACCACUCUAUAUGGCAGCUCAGGAAAAUCACGACUCUGUAGUCAAAUUGCUAUUGUCCAAUGGAGCUAAUCAAAGUUUGGCCACUGAGGAUGGCUUCACACCACUAGCAGUUGCCAUGCAACAGGGUCACGAUAAGGUUGUGGCAGUUUUGCUCGAAAGCGAUACACGCGGUAAGGUGAGAUUGCCGGCCCUGCAUAUUGCUGCUAAAAAGGAUGACGUUAAGGCUGCUACAUUGCUCUUGGACAACGAUCACAAUCCGGAUGUCACUUCAAAAUCUGGCUUCACACCUUUGCACAUUGCCUCGCACUAUGGCAACCAAGCUAUAGCUAAUUUAUUAAUACAAAAGGGUGCCGAUGUAAACUUCUCGGCAAAGCACAAUAUCAGUCCUCUGCACGUGGCAGCCAAAUGGGGCAAAACAAAUAUGGUUUCGUUGCUAUUGGAAAAGGGAGCAAACAUCGAAGCUAAAACCCGUGACGGCCUUACACCCCUACACUGCGCAGCACGUUCGGGACACGAACAGGUUGUGGACAUGCUACUGGAGCGAGGUGCUCCGAUUAGUGCUAAGACCAAAAAUGGCUUAGCUCCUCUCCAUAUGGCAGCACAGGGUGAGCAUGUGGAUGCUGCUCGCAUCUUACUCUAUCACCGGGCUCCGGUCGAUGAGGUCACCGUCGACUAUUUGACAGCACUUCAUGUAGCUGCUCACUGUGGCCACGUGCGUGUUGCUAAGCUCUUAUUGGAUCGCAAUGCGGACGCCAAUGCCAGAGCAUUGAAUGGAUUUACCCCUCUGCACAUUGCCUGUAAAAAGAAUCGUAUUAAGGUUGUCGAAUUGUUGUUGCGUCAUGGCGCCAGUAUUAGUGCUACCACUGAGAGUGGUUUGACUCCACUGCACGUGGCUGCCUUUAUGGGUUGCAUGAAUAUUGUAAUCUAUUUGUUGCAACAUGAUGCCAGUCCCGAUGUACCCACUGUACGCGGUGAAACACCAUUGCAUUUAGCCGCAAGAGCCAACCAGACUGAUAUAAUUCGCAUUUUAUUGCGCAAUGGUGCCCAGGUUGAUGCGCGAGCUCGUGAGCAACAAACUCCAUUGCACAUUGCAUCACGCUUAGGUAAUGUGGACAUUGUUAUGUUGCUGUUGCAGCAUGGUGCCCAAGUUGAUGCUACCACCAAGGACAUGUACACAGCGUUACACAUCGCUGCCAAGGAGGGUCAAGAUGAGGUUGCGGCUGUUCUAAUUGAGAAUGGUGCAGCAUUAGAUGCAGCCACCAAAAAAGGAUUUACUCCUCUACAUUUAACUGCAAAAUAUGGCCACAUCAAAGUGGCCCAACUACUGCUGCAAAAGGAAGCCGACGUUGAUGCCCAGGGCAAAAACGGUGUCACACCCUUACAUGUGGCUUGUCAUUAUGACAACCAAAAUGUUGCACUGCUGCUAUUAGAGAAGGGCGCUAGUCCACAUGCCACAGCAAAGAACGGUCACACACCACUACAUAUUGCAGCACGUAAAAAUCAAAUGGACAUUGCUACAACUCUAUUGGAGUACGGAGCCCAAGCCAAUGCCGAGAGCAAAGCUGGUUUCACUCCUCUUCAUUUAAGUUGCCAAGAGGGGCACAGUGAAAUUUCCAAUUUAUUAAUUGAACACAAGGCGGGUGUAAAUCAUCCGGCCAAGAAUGGUUUGACACCAAUGCAUCUAUGUGCCCAGGAGGAUAAUGUUAAUGUCGCUGAAAUAUUGCAACGCAAUGGAGCCAAUAUUGAUAUGGCCACCAAGGCGGGCUACACACCGCUGCACGUGGCCGCCCAUUUCGGUCAGGCCAACAUGGUGCGUUUCCUGUUGCAACAUGGAGCCAAUGUUGAUGCCGCUACAUCGAUUGGCUACACGCCUCUACAUCAAAGUGCCCAACAAGGUCAUUGCCAUAUUGUAAAACUGUUGCUGGAGCACAAUGCAAAUGCCAACGCUCAGACCACAAGUGGCCAGACACCAUUGGACAUUGCUCGUAAAUUGGGCUAUAUUAGUGUAUUGGAUUCACUUAAGUCAAUAACAGAUGAGCCUGAGGGUUCCAGCCAAUUGCAUUCGGACGAGAAGUAUCGUGUUGUUGCCCCUGAGGCCAUGCAUGAGUCCUUUAUGUCGGAUUCGGAAGAAGAAGGAGGCGAAGAUAAUAUGCUUUCCGAUCAACCUUAUCGCUAUCUGACAGUUGAUGAAAUGAAAUCCUUAGGAGAUGAUUCUCUGCCCAUUGAUGUGACACGCGAUGAACGUGUCGACUCGAACCGUAUGGCCCAAAGCGCUGAAUACGGAGCCGGUUUGCAGCAACAGCAACCGAUUGUCGAGGAUGCCAUAAGUCCACACAAGGCUCAGACUUAUAAUGCUGGUGCGGGUAAAUCAAUGGUAGAUGGUAUUUAUAUGGCCAAUGGUCUUAACGAAGACGAUCACCGGCAUGUUGGACGCAAACUGCAAUGGAAGAGUUUCUUAGUAUCGUUCUUAGUAGAUGCUCGUGGCGGUGCUAUGCGCGGAUGUCGCCAUAGUGGAGUACGCAUGAUUAUACCAUCACGUUCAACUUGCCAGCCCACACGCGUCACUUGCCGUUACGUCAAACCCCAGCGCACCAUGCAUCCUCCUCAAUUAAUGGAGGGUGAAGCAUUGGCUAGCCGUGUCUUAGAACUGGGUCCAGUCUCUACAAAGUUCAUUGGUCCCGUAAUCAUGGAAGUACCACAUUUUGCUUCGCUACGCGGCAAAGAGCGUGAAAUCAUUAUACUUCGUUCCGAUAAUGGUGAAACCUGGCGAGAGCAUACUAUCGAUAAUUCCGAGGAAAUUAUCCAUGAUGUUUUGCAACAAUGUUUUGAGCCAGAAGAAAUCGCUCAAUUGGAAGAGCAAGCCGGAAACCAUGUGUGUCGCUUUGUAACCUACGACUUUCCGCAAUAUUUUGCGGUGGUUACGCGUAUACGUCAGGAAGUGCAUGCAAUUGGUCCCGAAGGUGGCAUGGUAUCCAGUACUGUAGUGCCUCAAGUUCAGGCCGUAUUUCCGCAAGGUGCUUUAACCAAGAAGAUAAAAGUUGGCUUACAGGUAAAUCUAUUUAAACCACGCAAAGGUGUUGCGCCAGAAAAACUACGUAAAAUAAGUGUUAAUCAUGUACCAAAGAAGAAGCGCUUCUCGCUUAUUUGGUAAAUCAUUUUG